AUGCAAUACGUGCGCGGCCUCAGCGAGUCUGUCUCGACAGCUUGGAAUUCAAUCAACCCUGCGACUCUAAGUGGUGCUAUUGAUGUCAUCGUCGUCGAACACGAGGAUGGUUCUCUAGUCUGCUCCCCUUUCCACGUCCGAUUCGGAAAGUUUUCCCUGCUGCGACCUUCAGACAAAAAGGUCGAAUUCAAGGUCAAUGGCGUUAAGCAAAGCUAUUCCAUGAAGCUUGGUGAGGGCGGCGAGGCAUUCUUCGUUUUCGAGACCACAGAUAGGAUUCCUCAGUCACUACAAACAUCGCCUCUUGUUUCUCCCGCCUCUAGCCCUGCGAGCAGUCCGCCACUUAAUGCCGAACAGCCUGAUGCAGGCUUGCAGGAGCCAGAGGCAUUUGAACUCGAUGCUUCCGAGACCAAGCCUAAGCGACCGCUCCCUUCUGUUCUUUAUAAGAAAGAGAACGACAACGGCUUGAUCACACCGCUUUCCACAUCCCCCGAGCUGUCCAGUGCCCGCCCGGUGUCUGUUGAUUGGUCUUCGAAAGCAACCCGACCGCAUAGCGACGAUAUUCUCCGACCCAGUGCCCGUAGUCACGGCCUGGAUGGAAACAGUUCUGCCGGUGAUGACGAACACGUUGCUUCAGAACGUUCUUCCAGCCCCCCACCUGGAGAUGCGCUUGAACGUGCAAGAGCUUUGUCUAAGGGACUGUCUGCUGCAAGCAUUCCCUGCAAGGUGACCGAUACUGGUGAUCUGAUGCUGGACAUGACCGGGUUCAAGGGUAACGAGGAGGAUAUUCUCCGGGCUGAGAUUCUUGCCCGUCAGAUACUUUCUGAAGAGCUGGAUGGAAACUAUGACAUCGGCGCCCUCUUUGGUUUCGACGAGCAUGGAAACCUGUGGAUUUACAGCAGCGAGGAGGCUAAACAGGCUGCCAUGAACAAGACCAUCGAAGCCUCUUUACAGUCGCAUCGUAGGGCUACUGCGGCCGAUGCUAUUUCGGAUCCCGGGUACCAGAGCGACAGUAGUGAUGCAACCGCCUCACCCGUUCCUUUACAUAGACGAGCCGAGUCUGAUGCAGGUCCUAUGGAUUUGCAGACACCUCCUCGUACGCCCCCAGGCUCUUCGGGCCACGCAGGAGACCCUAACAGGAACUACGCCAAAACUUUGCGACUGACCAGCCAGCAGCUCAAGGACCUUCAGCUACAGCCUGGCGCAAAUUCGAUGGCUUUCACUGUCAAUCGAGCAACCUGCAAGGCAAACAUGUACCUCUGGAGGCACGAGACACCUGUCGUUAUCUCUGACAUCGACGGCACCAUCACAAAGUCAGAUGCCCUUGGCCAUGUGUUAAACAUGCUUGGCCGUGAUUGGACACACUCCGGUGUUGCCAAAUUAUACAGUGAUAUUUCCGCCAACGGUUAUAAUAUCAUGUAUCUUACUAGUCGAUCCGUCGGACAGUCAGAUACUACAAGAGCGUACCUGGCUGGUAUCGUGCAGGAUGGCUACAGAAUGCCUCCCGGCCCAACAAUUCUGUCGCCAGAUAGAACCAUGGCAGCAUUGAGACGAGAGGUCUAUCUUCGCAAGCCUCACAUCUUUAAGAUGGCUACUCUUCGCGAUAUUCGAAAUCUAUACGGCCCAGACAGGACUCCUUUCCAUGCUGGCUAUGGAAAUCGUUUGACCGAUCAAAUAUCUUACAGAACCGUUGAUGUCCCACGAAACCGCAUUUUCACCAUCAACUCUAAUUCUGAAGUGUCUUUGGAUCUCUUGACUCUCAACAAGCUCAAGAUGAGCUACGUGAAUAUCAACGAAGUUGUUGAUCACUACUUCCCUCCUGUGAGCACACUGGUAAAAGGUGGCGGCGAGGAGUAUACCGAUUUCACGUACUGGAGAGAUGAUCCUCUUGCCAUUGGCGACUUUUCAGCAAGUGAGAGCGAUGACGAUGACGACGAGGAUGACAAUGGCCCAGCAGGACCCACCAGCGAAUAUGGCGACGAUGAAGAGGAGUACGACGAAGAGGGCGAGAUCGAUGAAGAUGUCGAUGAGCUCGCUGAGGGACUCGCCGACAGUUACAUAUCCCGUGCAUCUGUGGACGAAUUUGCCGAAGCCGCAAGCGUGUUGGGUGGCAGCGUCGAUGAAGAGCGUCUCAAAGCGUCUAUGACACGCGACUUGAAUGAAGCUUAUGAGGAAGACGAUGGAGAUGAAAUUUACGAAGACGGCAAGGAAGGCCACGAGGAGGAAGACGAGGGCGAGGAUGCUCCUGAAGCUGCUACUAUCAAGCAGAAGGGCAAGCCUCAUCUCGAGGAGGACGUUCUCGCCCAACAAAUCACAGGGGUUGGUCAUCUCUCCAUUGAGAAGUGA